GUGCAACCCAAUCUCCCUGAGCGAAGCCGAUAAUCAAAACCCGAUGCCAAAAGCCGACACUGGUACGCGUUCUACGGCAUCUCCGCUAUUCAGUGCAUCCUGGCUUGACGGCACAUUGGCCCGACGUGUCAGGCCCAACGGCAGCUUCAAGACCAACGAAGCGAAUAUACGCAAUGGUACGGUCUUCGGUUUCUGGGGUCAAAGGAUGGGCUAUGUGCACAACCAGCAGUUCCGAACGAGUCGACAUUUUCGAUUUGGAACCCCUUCGAAGUUAGGAGUUUGGUGACGCAUAGGGACGUUGGAGCUCGGCGUAACAUGAAAGCUGGACAGUUCUUCUUCAUGUUGGCCUUGUUACGGAUCGUUUGUCAUAUAAUUGCGAAUCGUGGUGCUUCGAUGCGUUCGCUG